AUGGAGUCUCCUGAGUACGACGGAGUUCCCCGGGCAGACACCAGUAAAUACAUCAGCUCGUUCCGGCUGCAGAACCUCCGUCCCGACACCGUCUACUCGGUUCAGGUUCGCUGCAAACACUCGGACCACGGUGUCGGUUACUGGAGCGACUGGAGCAACAACUCCACCCGGAGAACGCACGAGGACCGACCGUCCAGUAAACCUGAUCUGUGGAUGAACGUCAUUCAGAGCAAAACAAAUGAACGACAAGUGCAGAUUCUGUGUAAGGAUCCUGAGUUUUCCAACGGGAAGAUCCUCCGGUUUGACUUUAAGGUCCAGAAUCAGGCGGACCGAUCCGGGAACGGGACGGACUGGGAGAGUUUUCCUGUUAACGGGUCGGGGGACGACGACGGGUCGGGGGACGACCCGAGAAACUCCGUCCUGCUCAAAACCCUCGUCCUCUCCGACAAACAGUCCAUCAAAGUUCGAGUCAUCGCCGUUAAUUCUGUCGGAGCUUCGCCUGAAGCUUUUCUGGUCCUGACGGCCAAAUCUAACGACCCGUCCCCGGUCCAGAACCUGCAGGUCCAUCAUCAGGACGGCCGACUCUGGCUGGACUUUAAACCCAGAAACAACAACACGUUUCCGUCGUCAGAAUACGUGAUGGAAUGGACGGAUGGAGGAAACGUGGACUGGCAGAGAGAGAAGAAGAACACGCACCGCGCUGCAAUUAAAGGCGACCUUCAGCCCUUCGUUUGCUACAACGUGUCGGUUUAUCCGGUUUAUUCUGGACGGGUGGGGAAGCCGACGAGGACGGAGGCUUUUCUGGAGCAGGGAGCUCCGUCGUUGGGCCCGUCCGUCAGGCUGAAGGGAAACGCCCGACACGACUCGGCCGAGCUGGAGUGGGAGGAGAUUCCUCUGCAGAACCGACGAGGUUUCAUCACCAACUACACCGUCUCCUACCGGGCCGGCAACCGUGAGACCAACCACGUGACGGUUCCGGCCAACACGACCUCGUACACGAUGACGGGGCUGCAUCACGACACCAGGUACGACGUUUGGAUCCGAGCGUCGACUAUCGGGGGCUCUAAGGACGGGAACAGUCACUCCUUCACCACGCUGAAGUACGGUCCUGGGAUGAUUGAGAGCAUCAUCGUGGCCGUGAGUCUGGGAUUCUUCAUGUUCUUCCUGCUCUGCCUCUACAAGAGAGACCAAAUCAGGGAGAAUUUCUGGCCCCAGAUUCCUAAUCCUGGAGAGAGCACGAUCGGGAACUGGUCCCCCGAUUGUUCCACAAAGGAAGAGAGUGAGAAGGAGAGCUGCGUGUCCGGCAUCAGCGUCCUGGACGUGUGCGAGUCCAAGCCCGGCCCGGAGGAGGACAAGGCCAGCCUGUCCCUGAAGAAGGACAAGUAUCUGUCGGAGGAAAACAGCUCCGGCAUCGGCGGCUCGUCCUGCAUGUCGUCGCCGCGCCAGAGCGUGUCGGACAGCGACGAGGCCGACGCGGCCGACACGUCGGCCAGCACCGUGCAGUAUUCGUCCGUGGUGGCGCCGCGCGGCUACAAGGGCCAGACGCCGGGAUCGCACGGAUCCCACGGGUCGCAGACGCAGCCCGGCGUGUUCUGGCGCUCCGAGUCCACGCAGCCGCUGCUGGACUCGGAGGAGAACCCCGACAUGUCGGUUCAGGACAGCAGACUCUUCCAGCGCUCCCCCGGCUCGUCCUGCUUCACGCCCGGCGACGGAGAGGAGCAGCCGGAGUGGGAGCAGCAGGACUUGUGCUCCGUGGAGGAGAACGGGGAGACGACGGCCGUCCCCGACAGGCUGACGGACGUCCUGCCGGCGGGAGCUCCGGGAGCUCCUGGAGCUCCGGCCUCCAGCUACAUGCCCCAGCUAGGCGGCUACCGGCCCCAGUGACGACACCAACCCAACGCUUUGGUGCCUCUCGCUUUAAUAUGUGCACUGCAAAAUCUCAUAAUCUUACCAGGAAUAUUUGACUUAUUUCUAGUUGAAAUUUUGUGAAAAAAGAUUAAAUGACAAGAAAAAAGGAGGGGUAGGUAGCUGAGAAAAAGACGAAAUUU